GCAUUCGUUAUCACUCUCACAGGUCCUGUAAAAAAGCGCGUUGUCCUGCCUUUAUUUAAUUUACUACGCACUGUGUGCAAACAACUGCUGAUUGAUUGACAGUGUAAACUCGGAUUAUUCUUAUUUAUUGACGUUCAAUUGUCAAACGAAACGAUAAUAGUUUUCGGCUCGCCUAAAUUUAAAGCCUUUUUCCGAAAAUUUCGUUGCUCGAAUUGACUAAUAAUAAACCCGGAUCAAAUAACUCGAACAAUGGGCAUACUAUACAAGCGAUUUCUGCGACGGCGAUUACUAGCACGCCUUUUACUAAUGAUCAUAGUGUUUAUGAUUUCCUUUUCAAUUUCCGUCUUACUAUUCGGCGAUUUUAAAUCCCCUGUGGUGAUGCGUAUUACUGAUUUAGACCGGUGCCCAGCCUGCUACGGAGUAUCCGUUUGCCCAGAGCUUUAUUCAAAUCAGAUAAUGCUGGAAAGCGGGAAUCAUUGGGCACGCAUGUUCAACGCUAAGAAUGUGUACUACGGGUACACAAAGUCGCAUCGUCGAGUAGUUUUAAAGAAGUUAGCACAGAAUUGGGAGCUUCAGGAGUUCGACUCGAAGCUUUGUAAGAGUUGGCAACUGAAUGAGAAUUGUAAACCUAGAGAUUUGUUAAAUAUGAGUAAUAUUGUUAGUAAAAUCAAGGAUCUGGUUAGUUAUAACUUCAGUUGGCCGGAUACGGAGCCAAGGAAGGGGUUAGUGUUCUGCCCGUACUCUGCAGGCAUCGUGGAUUUCAUAAAUACUAAUAACAUCAAGUUGACAGAGUCUGCACCUGACAUGAUGAAUAUAUGGACAAGUUUGAGCAUUAACCCAGAACCUUUGAUAUUGAAGGUGAUACCAAAAUCCAAAGGCUGGCCGGUCCCAGCUUACGGAGGGGUGUGUGGCAGGAUCGUUAUUGAAGCCCAUGAAGGAGAAUCUUUAUCAUCACUCCUGAAUGUCCCCUGGCCCAGAAAACUCAAGUUUGCCAAGAAGAUCCUGGAUGCUGCUAUGGAUUUCACUUUUAAACAUGACAGAUUUCGCUUCUAUCUUAUGGACUGGUCUUUAGACAACAUAGUAGCCAAUGAAAAAGACGACAUUUCCUUCGUAGACCUCGAAGAUGUUAUCAUUCUUGACAAGCACAUAUACCCCGGGAAGGACCUACCAUCCUGGUACGAACGGUACAGCAGAGAGAUCACAGGUUCUGGAUUCACAUUCUCCAUCGAAAACAUGUGUAAACACCAUCUUAGUGACCAUAAUCUUUGGGCCGCUUGCUACAUUUUAGCUGGCGAUGACAUGCCACUCUUGUACCCUAUACCUAAGGAUGUCAAUGCGUACAGGCCUUAUUUAGACAAGCUUUUAAAAGGCUGUUUGAACGGGGAGGACAGGUUUAGUAGUAUAACCAAGUUGCAACAUGUCGUUAAAGAGAUGUUGAUGGAUGAAAAGAUUGUUGGUACUAUGAGUGUGAGAUGAUAAUUAAGGAAAAAGAGUUGAUAAUCCAAAUGAUCUCAUUAACAAGCAGAUAGCUGUUGGUAUGUAUGCACCAAGGACUGUCUUACUUUAUGGUGAUUUAAAACAAGAUUAAGGAGUGUAAUAUAUGAACUUGAUGAGCAAACAAUAUGGCGUUUCUUAAAGAAGAUUAUUUUUAUUGAUAAUACUUAUUAAUUUCCUAUAUUUACGGUUUAUUGAUUACUCAAUACAUAUAAUAUAACUUUUAAGAGACUAGAAUUGAUUUUGAAUCUCAUUUGUUUUGAGUUAUACUGUGAUAUCCGUUUAUACAUUUAAGCGAGGUUGUAUACUGAUACUAGUAUUUUGCAUUUUACGAAAUUGUAUCGAAACAAUAAACAUAACUG